AUGAGGGCUGGCAGUGGGGCUGGGGUGGGAGGGGAAGAGACCAAGGGCAGGGAGCGAUGCUCUGCAGCUCAGAGGAAGUGUGAGCACCGCUGCCUGCCGGGGGCAAGGCGUGUCUGCAGCACCAACAUGGGCACUGCUGUGGGACUGCAGUCUGCUGGGAGGACAUGGACUCUGGGCUCUCGUGGCAUCUACCUGGGCAUCGCUGCCAUCACAUGGGGCAUGGUGUUGUGGGAGGAGGUGGGUGCCUGGAAGUACUACUACAGUGACCGAGGGGACUACACAUGGGACCAGGCCAGGAAUUACUGCCAGACCUUCUUUACCGACCUGGUGGCAAUCCAGAACAAGGAGGAGAUCGAGUACCUCAACGAGAACCUGCCCCGCCAUGGGACCUACUACUGGAUUGGCAUCCGCAAGCUGGGAGGCGUCUGGACCUGGGUGGGCACCAGGAAGGUUCUGACAAAGGAGGCAGAGAACUGGGCAGUUGGGGAGCCCAACAACCGCCGCUCCAACCAGGACUGCGUGGAGAUCUACAUCAAGCGGAAGGAGCAGUCGGGCAAAUGGAAUGACGAGCCCUGCAGCCGGAAGAAAAAGGCGCUGUGUUACAAGGCCUCCUGCCAGCCCUCCUCAUGCAGCCAGCGCGGCGAGUGCGUGGAGACCAUUGGGAGCUACCGCUGCGAGUGCUACCCCGGCUUCCACGGCCCCGAGUGCCAGUAUGUUGUGCAGUGUGCUGAGCUGAAGCCCAAGGGAGCGCACAUGAACUGCAGCCAUCCCUACGGAAACUUCAGCUACAACUCCACCUGCAUGUUUGGGUGCCAGGAGGGGUUCAAGCAGCAAGGGAUGGGCACGCUGCGGUGCCUGCCUUCCCAGGAAUGGUCAGCAGACAUCCCCAUCUGCACAGCCAUUGCCUGCCCAGUCCUCAGUGCUCCAGACUGGGGAGAACUGAACUGCUCCCAUCUCCACGGCAAUUUUACCUUUGGCUCCACGUGUGCCUUCUCCUGCCAGACGGGGUUUGUGCUGAUGGGGCCGGAGCGUCGGGACUGCACGGCCAUGGGGACAUGGACUGGAGACAUCCCACACUGUGAAGCCAUCACCUGCCCUGUGCUCAAUGCACCAGACCAAGGAGAGUUGAACUGCUCCCAUCUCCAUGGGAACUUCACCUUUGGUUCUACAUGUGCCUUCUCCUGCCAGAAAGGGUUUGUGCUGAUGGGGCCAGACAUCUCUGAGUGCAUGGCCACAGGGACCUGGUCUGAAGACACUCCACGCUGUGAAGCCACUGCCUGUCCAGUGCUCAAUGCUCCAGACUGGGGAGAGCUGAACUGCUCCCAUCUCCAUGGGAAUUUCACCUUUGGCUCCACGUGUGUCUUCUCCUGCCAGAUGGGGUUUGUGCUGAAGGGGUCAGAGACCCGUGAAUGCAUGGCCACAGGGACCUGGACUGGGGACACCCCACAGUGCAAAGCCAUCACCUGCCCAGUGCUCAGUGCUCCAGACCAGGGAGAGCUGAACUGCUCCCACGUCCAUGGAGACUUUGCCUUCAGCACCAUAUGUACCUUCUCCUGCCAGAUGGGGUUUGCACUGGUUGGGUCAGAGAGGCGUGAGUGCAUGGCCACAGGGACGUGGACAGGGGAUGCAACACGAUGUGAAGCCAUUGCCUGCCCAGUGCUCAGUGCUCCAGACCAGGGAGAGCUGAACUGCUCCCACCACAAUGGCAGCUUCACCUUUGGUUCCACAUGUGCCUUCUCCUGCCAGACAGGGUUUGCACUAGUUGGGCCAGAGAGCCGUGAGUGCAUGGCCACGGGAGUCUGGACCGGGGACACACCACAAUGCAGAGCCAUUGCCUGUCCAGUGCUCAGUGCUCCAGACUGGGGAGAGCUGAACUGCUCCCACCUCCAUGGAGACUUCGCCUUUGGCUCCAUGUGUGCCUUCUCCUGCCAGACAGGGUUUGCACUCAUGGGGUCAGAGAGCCGCCAGUGCACAGCCACGGGGACAUGGACAGGGGAUGCCCCACGUUGUGAAGCCAUUGCCUGCCCAGUCCUCGGUGCUCCAGACUGGGGAGAACUGAACUGCUCCCAUCUCCAUGGCAAUUUCACCUUUGGCUCCACGUGUGCCUUCUCCUGCCAGACAGGGUUUGCACUCAUGGGGUCAGAGAGCCGCCAGUGCACAGCCACGGGGACAUGGACAGGGGAUGCCCCACGUUGUGAAGCCAUUGCCUGCCCAGUCCUCGGUGCUCCAGACUGGGGAGAACUGAACUGCUCCCAUCUCCAUGGCAAUUUCACCUUUGGCUCCACGUGUGCCUUCUCCUGCCAGACGGGGUUUGUGCUGAUGGGGCCGGAGCGUCGGGAGUGCACGGCCAUGGGGACAUGGACAGGGGAUGCCCCACGCUGUGAAGCCAUCAAAUGCUCAGCACUGACCACCCUGAAGAUGGGCCAGGCUUCCUGCUCCCACCCGUUUGGGGACUUCACCUUUGGCUCCACGUGUGCCUUUUCCUGCCAGAAAGGGUUUGUGCUGAUGGGGCCAGAAAGCCGCAAGUGCACAGCCAUGGGGACCUGGACUGGGGACACCCCACAAUGCAAAGCCAUCAGCUGCCCAGUGCUGGACCCCCCCAGCAGAGGCCAGCUGAGCUGCUCUCACGUUCAUGGGAACUUCACCUACAACUCCACGUGCACCUUUUCCUGUGAGGAGGGGUUUGUUCGGAUGGGAGCAGAGGUGCUCUGGUGUGAGGCCACAGGGAACUGGACCAGGCAUCCUCCUGUCUGUGCAGAGGAUGGUGCCUUCUUAAAGCAAGUCCUGGCUUACAGCAGUGGCACAGCCCUGACAGUAGCUGGUCUUGUGCUCUCUGGGGGGCUCAUUGCCAUCCUUGCCAAGCGCCUCAGUGACAGAGAGGAGAAGAAGAAGCUCCUGAACCCCACCAGUGACCUAGGAUCACCAGGCAUCUUCACCAACGCAGCAUAUGAUGCCAACCUGUGAGCCUGCCCAUGACUGAACCCCACUGUGUCCCCCAGUGCUGCAGGCCCAGCAGGAGCUGCUGCUGGGGCCCAGAGGGACUCCAUGCCUAGAGCUGCAGCCCAGACCAGUGCUGCCUGUGGAGACUGUGCCCACACUGCACAUACCACCAGGAAGGGAAGCUGCCACCAGGAAAGGUGGCUGGAGACCUGUCUGGGGCCAUGGGCCACUGUCUCAUGUGGGCAGCCUGCUGCUCAACCCCUGGACGUUCCCUGUGAAUUUGGACAUUCCCCCUCGGCUGCCCCAGGGACAGGCUUGUGUCA